AUGGAACAAGUUUGCAUCAUCUCUGACUGCAACAAGGCCAUUCUGCAUGCGUUGGACAUGUUGUAUGAUAGCACAAACUACGUCAUUGCAUUGCCUGAUGUGAAGAGAAGGUGUUGCAUGCGCUACUUGGGAGCGAACCUGUACACAAGGUACACUAUCAUGACAUCGUACAUAGCGGAGGCGUUCAACAAUGUCCUAAAGGGAACACUCCCCAAAGAUAGUGCUCCAAUAAUUUUACCAAAACACGAACUGAAGCUCAAAGUCGGACUGCCAGUAAUGCUCCUUAGAAAUAUCAACCAAUAUGCAAGGUUAUGCAACGGUACAAGAAUGACAAUCACUCAACUUGGAAAAAAUUCCAUCGAGGCACAAAUAAUUACUGGAACACAUGUGGGCAAUAAAGUAACUAUACCACGAAUAAUCAUGUCACCAAGUGAUACAAAGUGGCCGUUCAAGCUAAAAAGAAGACAAUAUCCUUUGUCAGUUUGCUUUGCUAUGACUAUCAAUAAGAGUCAAGGACAGUCACUUAACAAGGUUGGAUUAUAUUUGCCUAAACAAGUAUUCUGCCAUGGACAAUUAUACGUGGCAUUAUCUAGAGUCACAAAUAGAAAAGGUUUGAAGGUGCUAAUCGACGACUCAGAAAGUCAAGCUGAGGACAUGGCAAAGAACAUUGUGUACAAAGAAAUUUUCUAA